AUGCUGUAUACUAUUACACUCGCGGUCCUCACAUUCGCCUCCACCUUCAUGGUAGCGGACACAGUGGCGAACAUAUGGCAGCUGCUGAACAGCGGACGUGUCGCCCUCAUCUCCUAUAGCGUCUGGAUGGCCGCCCUCACACUGACGGUAUUGGGCACGGACUGGCUGACGACACUGGGCUUUGUGCACGCGUUGAUCUUCGUCGCAUGCUGGUGGCUUGUCCGCAAUGGUGAUAAUUCCGCGCAUUCAUUCCCCAGCCGUAACGACUACGUGCGCUUCCCCGUGACAGUCUACGUGCCUGCCUUCGUGGUGCUGUACUUCCUUCAAGGUUGGCUGCAGUGA